CCGCGCAUUAAACUUGAAAUACUGACUACGUAUGCUGCUGAUGGCGUUUGAUGGUCAAGUCACCGAUGACGAUGGUAAUGCUCUGCUCCUGAGAAUGCUGCUAGUGAUGAGCCGGUGGGUCGAAGUUGUAAAUGUGGAUGCUGAUGCUGAUGCUGAUGCUGAUGCUGAUGCUGAUGCUGAUGCUGAUGCUGAUGCAGAUGCUGAUGCUGAUGCUAAUGCUGAUGCUGAUGCUGAUGCUGAUGCUGCUGCUGCUGCUGCUGCUGCUGCUGCUGAUGAUGAUGAUGAUGGCAGCAAUGUGCUGAAUCUUGAGCUCAAGUAUAUGCCGCCAGGGGAGAUUGAGAGAGUGGGUGUGGAGGAUGGACAUUCUGACAAACAUGUCAGCUAUUCAUGUCAGGCUGUGCCCAUGGUGACGGCUUGCACACCAACAAACAUUGCAGUCAUUAAGUACUGGGGGAAGCGCAACGAUGAACUGAUUCUGCCGCUGAAUUCUUCGCUGAGUGUGACCUUGAAUCCGGAAGACCUUGCUGCAACAACGACAGUCGCUGUCAGCGAAUCGUAUGAGCGUGACCGACUUUGGCUCAACGGUAAAGAAGUGAGUGUGGAAGGGGUUCGAUAUCAGAACUGCCUGCGCGAGAUUCGAGCGAGGGCGCAAGAUGUGGUCAACGAGAAAACCGGCAAGGUGAUCACCCGAGCUGACUGGCAGGGUCUGCAUGUGCACAUUGCGUCUGUAAAUAACUUUCCGACAGCAGCUGGGCUCGCAUCGUCUGCUGCAGGCUUUGCCUGCCUGGUUUACGCCUUGGCGAAGCUUAUGGGUGUGCAGGAGACAUUCCCUGGCGAGCUCUCUGCCAUCGCUCGAAUGGGUUCCGGAAGCGCGUGUAGAAGCUUGUAUGGAGGGUUUGUCAAGUGGGAGAUGGGUCGCGAGGAGGACGGGAGGGACAGCAUUGCCGUGCAGCUGGCAGAUUACCCUCAUUGGCCAGAUCUGCGAGUCUUGAUUGCAGUCGUGAGUGACAGGCAGAAGGACACCAGCAGUACGUCAGGGAUGCAGCAGACUGUUCGAACAAGCCCUCUUCUGCAGCAUCGAGUGAAGGAAGUCGUACCCCAGCGAAUCAAGGCAAUGGAGCAGGCCAUUCUGGCAAGAGACUUCGCAGAGUUUGCGAGAUUGACUAUAACAGAUAGCAACCAAUUCCACGCCACCUGUCUCGACACCUCGCCUCCUAUUUUCUACUUGAACGACACCUCGCGAAAGCUGAUCGCCAUGGUCGAGAGGUGGAACAAGUUUGAAGGAAGACUGAUGGCAGCGUACACGUUCGAUGCCGGACCAAACGCGGUGCUGUUCACAACCACAAAGGAUCUUCCUUCCCUAAUCCGCCGCCUUCUCUACUACUUCCCUCCACAUCUGAGCCAUAACGCUGACUUGACCAGUUUCUGUGCAGACACAGAACUCCUACGGCAACUGGGUAUAACCUCAUGUGAGGAUAUCCUGCAAUUACAAGACCCAGAGGAGGAGACGACAAGUGUAAGCGGGGCACCGAACCAUGGUCUACGACAAAGUACCGGGGCCGACACCCGCCGUUGCCCGGGCGAGCUGCAGUACAUCAUCUCGACAGCAGUCGGCCAUGGCCCUCGGCUUCUCGACAGCAACACCCAUGCUUUGCUCGAUGUACAUACAGGUCUUCCAACAGUAAAAAAUCAUCUGGUUUCGUAGACUGCCUUAAAAACAGAGAUCCUUGAAAGAAGAAAAAAAAAAAGACCCAGAUCCUGAUGGUAUGGCGGUACUAUGGCCUGUAUUGCCACAGACGCUAUAGCAUUUUAACUCCUGCUGUGGGAUUUGUACGCGUGUCUGCAGGCUGGAAAGCAUCCUCCUGGUAGAAUCUCCUUGAGCUUAGGCCCUGAUCACACUGCACUAUCUCAUUCCUGCCUCUGAAAAAAAAAACAAAACACAAAGGUCAUACUGAUCGCAUGGGAUGCUAUGCCCCUUCUAUCGGUGUAGCGCAAACUUGUGCAGUGCCCUUCGUAUGAUGGUUGCCUGCAGGCAGGAAGGAGGGAAUAUUCCCACCAAGGGAACUAGCUCAGUCUGUUGGUACACCAAUGCACAGUUGGAAAUUCAGACCUGAGUUCAAAUGCAGACCGCACUACCGUCUUCACCCCCGAAUAGAACGCCUGUUCAUUAUCACUGUAUCUAGACUGAAAGUUGCACCAAAUACAGCUAAAAUGACCGGGCGUUCUACUCGGGUGAAGACGGUAGGUGAAAGAAAAGAAAUGAAUGUGAAUUACCUGGGGGGCGGUCAGCUCAAUGAUGAUGCCUCGAGGCUGUCGCUUUUCUUCGAAACAAAAAUAAUAAUAAAUAAAGAACGAACAACUGUCCAGUCUAUGAGCCAACCCCCUUGAGCCUGUGCCUCACAACACCCUCCUUCGCCACUACAGUCUUCACCCCGCCCCGAAUGGAACGCGCUGUCAUUUCAGCUGUAUAUGUGACAACUUUCAGUCCAGAUACAGCACUAAUGACCAGGAGUUCUAUUUGGAUGACGACGGUAAGGCCACUCCACUUGUCUCAUCCGAGUCCUUCCCAUCUGGGUGGGGUCCCUCCACAGGAUCUGAGCUGCCCGCUGCCAGAGCUGCGAAACCACCACUACCUUUCAGAGGCAAAGGCUAACUUAAAGCCGGCAAUACAACGUG